UUGCAAUCGUUCGUUCCAAAAGCGCUUUUGGAAAUGGCGGUGGAGGAGGAGAAGCGCUUCCCGACCCCGCUCGGCGCCGCGGCGUGCGAGCGCGACGCGGAGAAGCUGGAGUUCAUCGAGGAGACGACGCGGGACGCCGACCGGGUGCAGGAGAGGGUGCUCGGGGAGAUACUCGGCCGGAACGCCGAGACGGAGUACCUGCGCAGGUACGGGCUCGGCGGCGCCACCGACCGCGCUGCGUUCAAGCGCAAGCUCCCCGUCGUGUCGUACGAGGACCUGCAGCCCGAGAUCCAGCGCAUCGCCAACGGCGACCGCUCCCCAAUUCUCUGCGCCCACCCCAUCUCUGAGUUUCUCACCAGCUCGGGAACUUCGGCGGGGGAGAGGAAGCUGAUGCCGACUAUUGAGGAAGAGCUCGACCGGCGACAACUGCUCUACAGUCUCCUCAUGCCCGUCAUGAACUUAUAUGUAUCGGGACUGGAUAAGGGGAAGGGUCUGUACUUCUUGUUCAUCAAGUCGGAGACGACGACCCCUGGCGGGCUCCCCGCCCGGCCGGUCCUGACGAGCUACUACAAGAGCGACCACUUCCGCCGCCGCCCCUUCGACCCCUACAACGUCUACACCAGCCCCACCGCCGCCAUCCUCUGCCCCGACCCCUUCCAGAGCAUGUACGCUCAGAUGCUCUGCGGCCUCCUCCUCUCCGCCGACGUCCUCCGCAUCGGCGCCGUCUUCGCCUCCGGCCUCCUCCGCGCCCUCCGCUUCCUCCGCCUUCACUGGCCCCAGCUCUGUCAUGACUUAUCCACCGGAACCCUAAACCCCACUGUCGUCACCGACCCCUCCGUCCGCGAGGCCGUCGGAGAGCUCCUGACCAAGCCAGAGCCCGAACUAGCCCAGCGGAUCGCCGCGGAGUGCUCGGGGGACAACUGGGAGGGGAUCGUGCGGCGCGUGUGGCCGAACACCAAGUACUUGGACGUGAUCGUGACCGGGGCGAUGGCGCAGUACAUACCGACGCUCGAGUACCUCAGUGGGGGGCUCCCGAUGGCGUGCACGAUGUACGCGUCGUCGGAGUGCUACUUCGGCCUCAACCUCCGCCCCAUGUGCGAUCCCGCCGACGUCUCCUACACCAUCAUGCCCAACAUGGCCUACUUCGAGUUCCUCCCCCACAUCAGCGACGCAUCAUCAUUCAGUCACGACCACCCACGUCAGCUCAUAGACCUUGCCGACGUGGAGGUGGGGAAGGAUUACGAAUUGGUUAUUACCACGUACGCUGGAUUGUACAGGUAUCGGGUGGGGGAUGUGCUGCACGUGACGGGGUUCCACAACGCAGCGCCGCAGUUCCGGUUCGUGCGGCGGAAGAACGUGCUGCUGAGCGUGGACGCGGACAAGACGGACGAGGCCGAGCUGCAGCGGGCAGUCGGACGCGCGGCGGGGCUGCUGCGGCCGCUGGGCGCCGACGUCGCAGAGUACACGAGCCGGACUGAAACGAAGGAGAUUCCCGGGCACUACAUCAUCUACUGGGAGCUGCUGCUCAAGGAGAGCGGGAAAUGGCCCGAAAAGGAAGUGUUUGAUAACUGCUGCUUGGAAAUGGAGGAGGCUCUUAACUCUGUUUACAGGCAGUGCCGGGUCGCGGACGGGUCGGUCGGGCCGUUGGAGAUCCGGGUGGUGAGAUCCGGGACGUUCGAGGAGUUAAUGGACUAUGCGAUUUCGAGAGGGGCCUCCAUUAACCAGUACAAGGUGCCGCGGUGCGUGACAUUCGGGCCCAUCAUCGAGUUGUUGGACUCGCGGGUCGUGUCGGCUCAUUUCAGCCCGGCCUGCCCCACGUGGACCCCACACCGGACCAAUUAAUUAACUACCUCUACCUCCAUCAACCAAGUUAAUAUAAUAUAAUAAUGUAAUAAUAUAAUAUAAUAUAAUACAUGCUUGUUUUAUUAAUAAUAAAAUGUUCAAUCAUCCAGUAUAUUUGUUUAAAGUAUUUAUUAGGUGAACUCGGCAACGACUUUGGCGGGCUGUGAAAAUUAUUAUGCAACCAGUAACCACCAGAUAGCGUCGCCGUCUAGUUUAUAAAAAUAUCUAUUUAGCUAAAAUCGGCGACGACUUUGGUGUCUUUGACGAAUAUAUGUAACCGCCUGAUAACGUCGCCGAUUUCUUUAUAGUUAAUCAUAUCUGCUUGUCUCUGUUGUUUUUCUCUUGGGGGUGGGGAAUAUCUUGUGAUAGGGAGAUGUUGUGGUUGACUAAGCCAUGUGUUGCGUUUGUAUUUUUUUUUAUUUUGAUGUAUCAAUUGGGAAAUUUAAAUACUAUUUUACUUGCGUGAUUAGUUA